AUGGACCUGAUCCUGAUCGUCGACAAUCAGGACGAUUUCAGCGAUAACGCGUACCUGACGCUGGAAAUUUUUAUAUCAUGCUGGAAAAUGCGCAGCCUGAUACUGAAUCGAGCGAACUAUGCUAUUUUGGUCGACAUGCUCGAGGAGGAACCCUUGUCGCCGAUGAACCACGACGAAGUCGAGAUCCGGACGAAAUUCGACAACCUCGCGAAAAAGAACGCGAUAGCCUACACGCUUUCGUUGGCAGGCUUAUUAACGUGCAUGGUCGCGACGCCGAUCUUCGCCGACUUUAGAGCAGGAAGACUAGCGUAUCGGGGAUGGAUACCCUACAAUUACUCUUCGUUUCAUAUGUUCGUUAUUACUUACGUUUAUCAAAUGACGAGCAUAACAGUUGGCUCGUUUUACAACAUUGCUGUCGAUUGUCUGUUCGGCGGCCUGUUGAUUCACGUUUACUGUCAGUUCGUGAUACUCCAGAAUCGCCUGGAAAACGUCAUGAAAGAAGGAAUAGAGUCGGCGAAACAGUGCGCUCGACAUCACAAUUGCAUUUACAAAUUCGCCUCGACGGUGAACAGAGAGUUUAAAACGAUAAUAUUCAUUCAAUUUCUGGUGAGCACGUCGAUCAUGUGCAUCGAGCUCUAUCAACUGACGCAACGAGAGAUGGAUACGAGAUAUAUCGUGUCGGUGGUCUACACGAGCUGUGCUCUUAUGCAGAUUCUGUACUACUGUUGGUACGGGAACGAAGUGAAACUGAAGAGUCUCGAAGUUACCAACAUGGUGAUGGAGUGCAACUGGACGUCUUUGGACAACGACGACAAAAAGAUCCUCCUGAUGAUCAUGAAACGCGCGGAAAAGCCCGUCGAAUUCAACAGUAUUUAUCUCGUGGUGUUAACACUCGAGUCUUUCAUGGCAUUACUCAAGACUUCUUACUCGGCGUACAACUUGCUUCAACAGAAACAGCCAUAG